UGACACAUGACCUAAAUUAUUACCUAGUCCAGUUCAGUCUUAUCACGCUAUGUUAUAAAAAAGCAUGAUUAUAAAAAAAAGAUAAAACUAUAACUUUCACUGAGGUAAAAGAGGGAUAGCAUAAAAUAAUGAUUAAAUAAACUAACUUAUACACCAACAUUGGAACACCGUACCUGCUGUCUGGCAAGCUGAUCGAGUCCGGCAUCGGUUUCGUUGCACGAGCUAUACAUAGUAAUUUAAUAUUAUAAUUAAAUUAAUUUACAUGUGAUUAUUUACUACUGAGGUUACUAAUAUUUCGACAGUGUUUUCUCGAAGAAUAGUCAUGGAUCUCCACCGGCCCGUCGACCCUAAUAAGACUUACGAGGAGCUAACCUCGGAGGAGAAGUUAAGAUAUGACCAUCAGAAGCUGCACGAGAUGCACAAGGGGCACGAGUCGAUGCACACCACCAUGGUGAUGAUCCUCAUCGUCACGCUCGUCGUGGCGCAGCUCAUCGUCAUGGAGUGGAAGAAGAGGCAUUACAGGUCGUAUGCUUUUUUCACGAUGGUGGCGAUGUGGUCUAUACCGGUCCUGAUGAGCGUUAAGAACCAGUGGUGGAGGUUCAUCACGAUAUGGAGCAUAUUCACCAUGCUCACCGCAGUAGUCAUAAGGAAGUCCACUACUAGACCCAUGUCUGUCACCACGCCAAGGUUGGUGUACAAAUGGUUCUACUUAAUAUACAAAGUGAGCUGCUUCCUCGGCGUGGUGGGCUACAUCCUGAUGAUGCUGACGUUCCUGGGCGUGAACCUGCUGUUCGGCCAGAAGCCGCAGCAGUGGAUGGACGUGGCUCUCAUGCUGCUGUUCUACGGCCUCUACUUCGGAGUCCUCGGCCGGGACGUUGCAGAGUACUGUACUGACAAAAUGGCAGCUUCUAUUGGAUACUACACGCAGGAAGGCAUGCCGACGCGGCAGUUGGACAGCAACGUGUGCGCGGUCUGCGGGAACCAGUUGCUGGUCAACGUUAAUGAGGAGGGGGUCCUAGAGAACACAUACAAGCUGACCUGUGGCCACGUGUUCCACGAGUUCUGCAUCCGAGGGUGGUGCAUCGUCGGCAAGAAGCAGACCUGUCCCUACUGCAAGGAGAAGGUGGACCUCAAGAGAAUGUUCACCAACCCGUGGGAUCGCCCUCACAUUCUGUACGGCCAGCUAUUGGACUGGAUCCGCUGGCUAGUGGCCUGGCAGCCACUCAUUCUCUUCCUGGCACAAGGCAUCAACUGGCUGUUUGGACUCGAAUGAGGCCAACAUUAUCCACGGAGGAUCUAUGCACGGACUAUAUGAAGGACAAAAUGGGCCUUGUGAUGUGAUGUGAAGUGAAAUUAUGAACAGUGUGUUCCUUAGUGAAUGUUAAUACUUAAUUGUGAGUGUCAACGACCCCAGUAUUGUGUUUAAACUAGCGAAAAUAUACAAGUUACAUCACGGUAAGUUGUGUACAGAAACCUAAAGUGUAUAUCUCAAGUUGUUGUCAAAUCAUACUUAUAUUCAAUAUUUUUAUGUGUAGCUAAUUAAGUACAUUGACUUUCUACAGCUACUGUGUGUUUUAUUCUCAGGCAUUAGAGGUCAGUUUUGAUUGAUGGAAUAACUAGUAUACUUGCCUUUAAGUUUAAUUCAAGUUGGAAAGAUUUCAUGUGUUUUAAAGUGUAAUUUCCAGCAAUAAUGCGUGUUCAUCAGCUUUACUAUUGAAGGUUUAUAGUCGACUAUAGACGAGACGUCGUACCGCCCCGCACACGCACUCAUAAAUAUAAGCCUCCGUGUUAGUUACUUGUAAAAUAUGUAUUUCUUGCAAAUUGAAUUUGAGUUUGAAACUAGUACAGCUUUCCUUCGUUAGUUAGUUACGUGAAGAAGCCGCAUAUUUCAAUUAAUUUAAUUGACUGACAUUUUGCAUUUAGUGGUCAUCCAAUGAUUAACCCGAAUUUUCAUAAUAAUUCAUGUUUUUUUAUUCUUUAUUUAAGUAGGAAAUUAAUAAUGUAACUAUUUGUCAAGUUUUUAUUUGGAUUACAAUGAUUGUCGCGUCUAUAAAUAGAUUCAUUUUAAAAUAAUUUCCUAUCUAACUUCUUAGUUGAUAACUACUUAAAACGAGAUAUUUAGGUACUAUGUUUUUUAAUUUAUUUUGUGAUUGUGAUAUUUACCAAGUUUGGGAGAGCCAUGCUUCGGUACGAAUGGGCCGGCUCGACUGGAGUGAUACCACGGCCUCACAGAAAACUGCCGUGAAACAACGCUUGUGCACUUGUAACUCCUCUGGUGUUGCGGGUGUCUAUGGGAGGCACCGAUUGCUUACCAUCAGGUGGUCAGUGUGCUCAAAUGCUAUGUUCUGGCAAAGAACGGGCACUAUUAGCAUUUCCUAUAACUUUCCUUACUUUCUUAUAGGGAUAAAACAGGAUGUUACAUUUCAUUAUGUGCACCUCUGUCUGCUCCUUCUGAAUAUUAUGGCUUGAAGUUAAUUGAAUUUUAUGAAACAACAAAAUGAAAUUGUAUGUCAAUUAGUUCUUUACAUACACUUGAUAAUGUACACUGCAAAACCAACCCUCUUAUUGUAAAACAAAGUCUCUUUUGCAAAGUGCAAAGCGAUAUUUUUAUACAGUAAACUUGUAUUAUGAGCCCUAAGUUAAAGCAAUAAAGUAGUUUAUUGCAGUUCACGAGUCUUCAAAUUGAUGUUGUAUGUUUUAGCAGUAUUUUUAGGUAUUUGCUUUAUUGAAUUGUAUGUACAGAUGCCAGACCAUCAAGUCAUCUGGAACUUCAAUAAAUAUUCGAUUCUAACAGAGAUAGCAAUAAGUUGAAAAUGUCUUUAAGAAUGAAAUCGUGAAUUUAAUUAAUUUUCGACCAUAUACUGUUGGUUUAGGGUUGAAAAUCGAGAUAUUUCUUAUUUAACGAUCGAUUUCUGUCGUGUCAGAAAUGAAGACUUGAAUAUUUUGUGCUUACCAGAUUGCGGUAAUGUGGCGCACGGUCCUGUAGCCUUAGUAGAGCUUUACGUUUAUAGUAAUCAAAACGAGAGCGCGUUCCGCUCUCUGUACCCUUAGUACGAGUUUGCUUUACGUUGAAUGAAAACGAAACGAGAGCGCGUUCGGCACUCUGAUUGGCCGGUGCGAAUGAAUCAACCAAUCACAGUGUCGAACGCGCUUUCGUUUCGAUCUCGUUAAACAUAAAGCAAACUCGUACUGAGCCCUCGAUUGAUUCAUUUAUUCGAGCCGGCCAAUCCGGCUCGAAUAAAUGAAUCAAUCAAUCAGUGCGCCGAACGCGAUCUCGAUAACUUUAAACGUAAAGCAAACUUAUACUAAGGAUACUGUUUGUGUAAUAGAGAAUUUGCUAGUGUUCAAUGAUCAAUCAUUGGACAAGUAAAUUUUUGACAGCUACAGUGCUUGGACUAAACAGUAUGCUGCAUUGUCGCUAUCUGGUGGUCACAAGAAUCCUCAUUCUGGCCCCGCCCUAGCGUGUCUAGGUACCCUAUAAUGUUUGUGCUAUGUCAUUCCAUGUUGUAAGUACUACCUACUAGUAGUUAGUUGUAUGUAUGUGAAUCAUUAAAAAUAUUAUUUUUGUAAAAAAAGGUUAAAUGAUCAAUUAAGUGAUGUAUUUAUUAAAAUAAUCUUAUGUUAUUUUGUACAAAAAUAAAUUGUUUGGAUUGUAA